AAGAACCUAGCAACAACUCCAUCGGGAGGGACCACCGCGCUCCAAUUGUCGGCGAAGAAGCUAGAUGAAAGGGGAACGAGUUUUAUGACGCUGACGAAAGCCACGACAAACGAAUUGGGGGGAGUGGGGGAUGAAGCGGAUUCUGAGCCAGCCGCGUGAAGCGGAUAGGUAGAACUCGGAUAUGAGCGGGUUGUCGGCGGUGGAAUCCGCUUGCAAGGGGCAGGGCGUUGCAAGAAACUGGGUUCAAGCUUGCGCCAAUUUCUACAGAGGCGACGAUUCCUCUGGCACAAUGGGGGGAGCUUGCAGUUAUAGAAACCUUUACAGUCAAGGCUAUGGCUUCAAGACGGUGGCACUAAGCACAACUUUGUUCAAUAAUGGCAGAAUCCACUUCAUCCCCCACUCCCCGAUUCGUCCGUCGUGGCUUUCGUCAUCGCCAUCAAACUCCUUCCUCUCUCAUCCAGAUUCUUCACCGACAAUCGGA